GCUGGGACAAUUCGAACAGAGAGUCAAUCAGACUCCUCAGCUCUUCGUCAGAGCUUAAUAGAAGGAGGCGAAGAGGAAAACAUCAAAACCACUUCUGUGAAGCAUGAAGAUCAAGAGGAAGUGAAAUUCAGUGGGAACGUAGAGAGAGAGAUGGUGGAGAACAAUAGGAGUCAGGAGCUUCUGGAGAGGAUGCUGGAGGACAAUGGGAAGAUGAUGGGUUUGAUGGCUGAGCUAUUCGAGAGGAGCGAAAUGCAGACGCGGUUGCUUUGUUCGUUGUCGCGAAGGGUCGAACAGUUGGAGAGGGCUUUCGGGUCCGGGCAGAAGAGAAAGAAGAAGAGGAACGCUACAAGAUCUGUGGGGUUCUUCUCAUGAUAAAAGAAAAGAGAGUGAAGUAGUUGAUCUUGGAUGGGCUCAAUCUAGUUUUCGUGGGCAAUUACUAGGCCCAAGACCCUUUGAUCCCCAACAUAAAAUUAGUGAGAAGGUCAAAUCGUGAAAACCCUGUGAGUUUGUUUAUAAUUAAUAUACCAUUUAAUUUCAAUUUAUAAGAGGACAAAUCGUGAAAACUCUUUUAGUUUUGUCCUUUUUACUACCGACAAAUGCUAAUUACGCAAAAAUGGUAUAUUAUAUUAUCCGUUUUUGAACAUAUAAAAAGUAAAUGUACAGUAAUUAAAGAAAAACAAAGAAAUCAAACCUGCAAGAUACUACAUGAUUAGCAGAUUACACUGUUGUUCUCACCACCCACCCACUCUCUCCGUCACUCACCGGCUCGUCUGCGAGACAAAACGGAAACGCAUAACCAUCUCUCUUUUUGGCUCUAUCAGACUACUAUAUUCUGCGAACCCUACCCAAUUGAAUCUGUGCAAGCAAAGCAGCUCCUGGUGCCCUGAUUUGAUCACUGCACUCACUGCGUCUUUUGGAUUUGUUUUUCGAUCUUUACUACGCUACUCGUAUUUUCGCUUGGUAACUUCUUUACCGUCUUAUGGCUGAACGCAAGCUCGACCUGCCCGCUCAUCUUCUUCCGUGCGAAGUGGAAGCUCCCGGAAGAAAUGAUGAGGCAAAGGGUCAUGGGGGAUUGCUCGAUGAGUCAAAAGAUCAAGUGGCAUCAGAAACCAGUGUGCCAUUGUCCCCGCAGUGGCUUUAUACAAAACCAACCGAGAGUAAGAUGAAAAUGCGUGCUCCACCUUAUGUUUCACGUGGGAACUCUACUGAUUCCAACCAAAAGGAUGGUCGGCGUCUGGAUGGAUCUGAGGAGAAAAAAGAUUGGAGGAGAACUGCUGCUGAAAGUGAAAACAGCCAUCGCUGGCAUGAAGAUGAAAGAGAAACUGGCUUAAUUGAUGGUAGAAGAGAUCGUAGGAAAGUGGAUCAUCGUGUUGAUAAUAUUUCAACAAGGGAAACAACUGACAACAGAGUUUUGCCUGCUUCUGAUCGUUGGCAUGAUGGUAGCAGCCGUGCCUCUUUGCAUGAAUUGCAGCGUGACAACAAAUGGUCAUCAAGAUGGGGUCCUGAAGACAAAGAGGACUCCAGAGUUGAGAAGAGGGCAGAUGUAGAUAAGGAGAAAGAAGAUACUCAGCCUUUUGCGGCCAGCAACCGUUCAGCUUCUGAGCGUGAAUCAGAUUCUCGUGAUAAAUGGAGGCCACGCCACAGAAUGGAGGCACAUUCUGGGGUUUCUACUUCCUUCCGCUCUGAAGCUGGGCCUGGGCUUGAGAGAGUACGCAUGGAGGGUUCAAAUAUCAGAUUCUCUCUGGGACGAGGAAGGUCAAAUACGGUUGGGAGGUCUUCAACUGUGGGCACAAUUGGAACUGUUCAUUCGUACAAAACUGGAAGUGUCCUUGGGAAACCCAGCUCUGGAGCUGUUACUUUCUGCUACCCACGUGGAAAGCUGCUUGACAUUUACCGUAAACAAAAGAUUGAUCCUUCUUUCAUUAACAUGCCUCAUGAGAUGGAGGAAUUGCCCAGUAUAACUCAUGUUGACAGUAUUGAACCAUUAGCGUUUGUCGUUCCAAACGCUGAAGAGGAGGUCAUUAUUAAUGACAUAUGGAAGGGAAAGGUCACCAAUAGUGAGGUAGUAUAUGACUCAUUUAAGAAGGGCCGAUCAUUUGAAUAUGUUAAAGGAGAGUUGAGAAGUACUGAAGAAAAAGAAGUUACUGCCACUUCAGUUAUUGCUGAAGAGACCAUAGAUAUUUUGCAAGAAGCUGCUAAUGAUGAUACAUUUCUAGCUGGUGAAAAAAGGGUUCAUCUUGAUCAAGAGAAAGAUAGAGUUAAUGCCGCGUUUCUUGUACCGGACUCAAAUGGGCUGAUUCCAACAGUUUCAGAAAAUAAUGCCAUAGAAAUUAAAAGAGGUUAUCAUACUAAUCUUCAGUCCACCACUGGUGAGAAGCGGCAAACAGUAGACUCUGCUUUUACCCAACAUUCUAAGUUCGAUGACAGAGAAUCUGCCUCUUCUUGUGACAUGAGAUUGAAGCUUCCUGAUGAUUAUCGUUCGCUAUUUAUUUUGCCGUCUCUGGAGCAGAACGCAAGUGGCAGCAUGCAAGAAUCGGGAGGCAAUGGCGGGAUGAAAAAUUUGACCAGGGGAUUUUUCCCGGAGGAGUUAAGUUUGUACUACAUUGAUCCUCAGGGAAACACUCAGGGGCCAUUUUCUGUAGCUGACAUCACUUUAUGGUUUGAAGAAGGGUUCUUUGGGACAGACUUACCCGUCCGUUUUGCAGAUGCUCCUGAAGGAACUCCUUUUCAAGAGUUGUGUGUGAUCUUGCCUCAUCUGACACUUAGGGACAGCAAUGCUAAUAAUGUCGCAGAUCAAAAUUGUAAGAUGGAAAUAUUUGAUGCCUUAGGGGGGCAGCUGGAGGCUAGUUUGUCUGCAGCAUCUGUCGCAGAGAACACCGAUUCAUCCUCAAUGAAUGAUCCAUAUAGACCAUUUGAUGAGACCAACAGCCACUCGUCCCAGCAUGGUCUGUCCAAAUUUUCUGAGCCCGAACCCUUGUCAAAGUUGCCACAAUCAGAGGAUAUUGUUUUUCCUGGAAGAACUGAAAAUAUGGGCUACCCUACUUUGAAAUCACAUGGAAGUAAUCCUUUAGCAAAUUCUGGUCAUUCUUCUCUGUCAAAUGAAUUGGUAGAUCCUGGUGGGUCAACUCAGCAUGAAAACAAGUUACACCCUUUUGGUCUAUUGUGCUCCGAGCUUGAAGGCACUCAUACUAGGCUCAUACAAGCAUCUGACAUUCCUUCGAGUCUGGCGAGGGCUACCUCGCUUGAAGUGAUGAAUGAUUCCUCUUGUGUUGCUGAGACAUGGUCGGAUAUUUACGGACAAAAGGCGAUAUCUGUCCCCCAUUCAUAUCAAGAUCCCAUGGCUGCUCAGCGGCUAUCGCGCAUGGAACAUGAAUCCAAUGGUUUUGAUCUUGCCGAUCAUGUUAUGUCGCAAAACUUUCAGCAACAGCAGAUCCAACAGCGAAAUAUGUUGUCUCCUCAUACACGCUUGAACGAAUCAAUUCUUGAGCGGAGGGGUCAGAAUUUUAUGCACCAUCAGCAGCUGGCCAACCAUCCUACACCGGAUUUGGAACACCUUUUGAUACUUCAGAUGCAACAGCAGCGGCAGCUUGAGCUGCAACAACUUCAACUGCAACAAAAGGAGCAGUUACAGCAACGGCAAAGGCGUCCGCAGGAGCAUCAACGAUCUCAAGUUCGGCAAUUGCUACUUGAACAGCUGCUGCAUGAUCAAACACCUGAUUCUGCUCUUGGUCAGUCACUUGUUGAUCCUAUAAGUGCCAACAAUGCUCUAGAUCAAAUUGUAUGGGAACAGCAGCUUUUGCAUGAGCUACAACAACGGUCUAAUCAUUCUUCAAGGCACAUCGUUCCAUCCAUAGAGCAGCUUGCUCAAGCGAAAUUUGGUCUGGCACAACAACAAGAGCAUCAAAGGGAUAUGCUUGAGCUAAUGUCGCGUACACAGCGUGGACAGAUGCAAUCAUUGGAUCGUCAGAUUCUUCUUCAGGAGCAACAGACAAGGAAGUUGCCAAUGGGAUUGAGACAGCGUAGCAAUAUGGAAGAAGACAGGCAUAUUGAUACGGUCUGGCCAACUGAUGAAACCAAUCUAUUUCUCAGAACUUCUAGUGGUACUCACCACGCUCACUCUACGGGAAUGAGCCCAUUAGAUUUUUAUCAGCAACAGGAGAGGGUGCCUCACGAAGAGCAGCUCCAACACCUUGAGCGUUACCCGUCAUUACAAGACCGACUUCGGCAAGGGCUUUUUGGGACUGCCUCACUGCCAUUUGAGAAUUCCAUUUCUUUCCUUUCCAGUGAUCCAGGGCUGAAUCUGGACGUUCUAAAUGCCAUGCCUCAUGGCGGUGCUUUAGAUAUGCAGGAGUCAAGAGCACACAUGCAAUCUGCAGUUCAAAUGGGAACAAGAUCUUCUGGCAUUCACUCUCAUAAUGCACAAUACCCUUUAGUUCCUAACCAAUUCCAUACUCCACAUUCGGAUUCCUUUGAAGGUUGCUGGUCUGACACUAAGAGCAACAGACGACUAACAAAUGACUGGGUAGAAUCUAAAAUGCAACAACUGCAUAUCAAUUCGGAAUGGCAGAAAAAGGAGUUGGAAGGAAAGAUGACAGCGGAAGACUCAAAUAGGUGGAUGUCAGGUGGGUUUGAUGAAGACAAGUCAAGGCGAUUGUUAAUGGAAUUACAUCAGAAAUCAAGCCAUCAACCUGCUGAGUUGUUAGACAUGAAUGAUGGAGUAUCAUCUGAAAGAAAAGCGCCUUUGUGGCCCUCUUAUGUUUCUGAUUCAUGUGAACCUGCUCAGGUUUGUGCAGCUGAGGAACCGUGGAGCCGUUCAGAACGCAACGGAAAGCUGCUCUUUAGAUCUGAGUCCGUUACUUCUGUUGGGGAGUCAUUCUUGUCUAGCAUUGGUGAGACUGCUCGGUCAGUUGGCAAAGAUUCUAACAGUAUUGGUAAGCCUUCUCUGAACAAAGAGUACUUGGAGGUGGAGGGGGGGAAGCAGUUGGCCAAAAUCGAAAGAACAAGAAGGGAUUCUGUUUUCUCUAUUCAAGAUGCAUUGACUGAGAAAGGAAGGUCGGCUGUCAUAGAUCAUGGGAGGGCUCCAAUUAAUACCCUUUACAGUGACAAGAUUGGACGGAUUAAUUCAUUUACAGAAGAGAUUGUCAAGGACCGAGUGCAUGUUGCUUCCAAAGGGCAAGAAAAUAUUUUGCUGAGACGCCCUUCUGCCUCACGUCUUUCUUCAGCCCAGGAGGGAUCGCCUGAGCUGCACUCUGAUCCUUUUAGUAGGGGGGAAGGUCCUUUGAGUGGUGGUGACGGGGGGAGACGAGAGCUUGUCUUGAACCCUUCAAGCCAAGCUUUAGACAUUUCCUCAUAUGGCAUGGACAUGCAUCUCCGGCGUACGUCCUCUUUGGGUGAUUCAGAUGUGUCAGAGCCAUCAUUUAUAGACAUGCUAAAGAGUAACUCUAAGAAGACCACCACAACUGAAGCCUAUUCCACCACAGUGGCUUCCGAGCAAUUAGAUGGGGCACAAGGGAGCCGUAGUGGCAGAAAGAAAGGAAAGAAAGGGAGGCAAAUUGAUCCUGCUCUCCUCGGUUUUAAAGUCACAAGCAAUCGCAUCAUGAUGGGUGAAAUCCAACACAUAAAUGAUUAAGUUGUUUUGGUUAUGUAAUGCUCUAUGCAAUGUUGAUUUUGUACAAGUUCGUUUUAGGUUCAAAGCUAAGUGUAUAGCGGCAGCGGAUGGAACAUUUUCAUUCUUUUCUCCACAUCCUCUUGGUGAUGAAGGUUGAGGUGGGCGUUAGGUCAUAUACCAGCUAUAGAAAAUCCCGGCUUUGUCCAGUACAUGGGAGAGGCAAAAUUUUUGUACAGAGACUAACAGCAUUUACAGUGAAAAUAAUCACUUCAUACACUUUUUCAGGUAUGCAUAUAGCAUUUUCGUUU